AUGAACUCAAUCGCAUUUGGGUUUGUUUGGUUCUUGACACACAUCAGUUCUUUCUCUUUUUCUCUCAACCCUGAUGGUCUCUCUCUCCUGGCCCUCAAAGCCGCCAUAACCACCGAUCCAACUCGAGUCCUCGCCACCUGGUCCGAAUCAGAUUCAACCCAUGUCACUGGCCUGGAAUCUCAUGUGAUCGACACCACCGAGUCACCUCCAUUUCUCUCUCCAACAAAGGCCUCAUUGGCUACAUUCCUUCUGAGAUCGCAGAUCAGCACCCUCAGAGACCUUACUCACCUUGACCUCUCCUCCAACCAUCUGAAUGGGUCAUUACCAGAGAGUCUCAGCAAUCUGACCCAUCUCGUCGGAACCCUAAAUCUCUCCUACAAUAUAUUCUCCGGCGAAGUUCCGGCAUCCUACGGACGAUUCCCAGUAAUGGUGAGUUUGGACCUACAGCACAACAACCUCACCGGAAAAAUACCUCUGGUGGGUUCACUGCUAAACCAAGGACCCACUGCAUUCUCUGGAAAUCCUAAUCUUUGUGGGUUUCCAUUACAAACGCAAUGUCCAGGACCAGAAGCUCAAAACCCUAGGUCGAUUUUUACAAACCCCGAAAACCCAAGUUUGCCAAAUGGGUUUGUAGAGAGAGGAAAUGUGAGAAAUGGGUCGGUGACAGUUUCUUUGAUUUCCUCUGUUUCGGUGGUCAUCGGCAUUGUGUUCGUUUCGGUGUGGGUGAUUCGGAAAAAGUGGAGAUCUACCGAGGGCAAAACGGGAAAGGAAAAGUUAGAGAAGGAAGUGGGCAGUAGUAGUAGUAUUGAGGGGCAAAAGGGUAAAUUUGUGGUGAUGGAUGAAGGGUUUGGGUUGGAGUUAGAGGAUUUGUUGAGGGCAUCGGCGUACGUGGUGGGGAAGAGCAAGGGUGGGAUAGUGUAUAAGGUGGUGGUGGGUGGCGGGAGGGGAUCGGGUGUGGCAGGUGCAGCUGUUGCGGUGAGGCGGCUAAGUGAGACUGAGACUAGGUGGCGUUUCAAGGAUUUUGAGUCCGAGGUUGAGGCCAUUGGCAGGGUCCACCACCCGAAUAUCGUGCGGCUGAGAGCUUACUACUAUGCUAGUGAUGAGAAGUUGCUGAUCACUGAUUUCAUCAGCAAUGGGACCUUGUACGCUGCGCUACAUGGAGGGCCUGACAAUUCCUUAUCAUCAUUGUCAUGGAUAUCAAGGUUGAAGAUUGCUCAAGGCACUGCAAGAGGUCUAGUACACAUUCAAGAAUGCAGCCCUCGUAAACAUGUUCAUGGGAACUUAAGAUCAUCAAAAGUCCUUCUUGACGAUGACUUGCAGCCUUACAUCUCUGGUUUCGGUCUCACUCGUCUUGUGUCAGGUGCCUCGAAAUCCACUAAUUCAGCUUCCAAAAAGCAAUCCUCAAACCAAAUUGUAGUAAGCCCGAAGAAUUCAACUUCUUCAUCCAUCAUGUACGUGGCACCUGAAGCUCGAGUGCAAGGUAACAAGUUCACACAAAAAUGCGACGUGUAUUCUUUUGGAAUCGUUCUGUUGGAGAUUUUAACUGGUCGAUUACCUGAUGGUGGGCCGGAUAGCAAUGGUAAAGGACUAGAGAGCCUUGUGAGGAAGGUGUUUAGAGAAGAACGACCCUUGUCAGAGAUUAUAGACCCUGCUCUCCUGCAUGAGGUCCAUGCCAAGAAACAAGUUGUUGCAGCAUUCCAUAUUGCUCUCAACUGCACAGAACUGGACCCAGAGUUUCGGCCUAGGAUGAGAACAGUUUCUGAGAGUCUUGAUUGCAUCAAACUGCAAUGAAGGAAAAAGAAAAAAUAGUUAUUGCUUGAAAGCUUCUUGUUUUUGCUCGCAUCGUUGAAGCUGUUUCUCUCUCCUUGGAUGUAGGGGUGUAAAGAACUGUCUUUUGUAAGGAAAUGUAUUUUCAUUGUAUCUGUUGAGGAUCAUAUCGCUCGUAUGCUUAUUAUUAGAGUAUUUUAAUAAAAGAAGCACUUUAU